AUGUCUGGAUCAACACGAGCAGCCGCUAAGAUGUUCAACAACCCCACUCUCUCAGAUGUCAAGAUCAAGCAAGUAUACGAAGGCAAGAUGCGCGAGUAUCAUGCACAUAAGGCUGUACUGUGCCUCGCAUCUGGCUACUUUCUCAACGCCUUUACCGGUAGUUUUAAGGAAGCAUCCGAGGGCGCUAUAGAACUACACGAGGACAAUCCCGAAUGCUUCGAAUUCCUCCUCAAGUUCAUCUACACCGGUAUCUACGAUAAAGGCGAGAUCGCUAGGCUAGCAGGCAGCGACCACAACAAGCGUGUUCUUAUCCCGUUUAGAAUUUAUGCGGUGGCUGAUAAGUACGAUGUCGGAAAACUCUUUGAAUCGGCAGCAGAAGAUGUCAAGAUCGUUCUCAUGUGCGCUAUCAAAAACCGAGAAGACAUACUCACCACUUCGAUCAAGGCUCACUACGGUACUGAGGUCAAAGCUGAUGAAUCUAUGGGACGCCUCAUCACCGCUGUCAUCUUCAAACAGCACAACGACCUCCUCGACACCAAAAAUUUCGAAAAAUUGCUCCUUGCUUACCCGAUCUUUGCCGCAGACGUUGCACUUCACUCUCAGCGUGGCAAGAUCUUGGGAGGGAAGGAUCGCGCUAUGUGCUCCGAUUGCAAUCAAAAGCUUGUCGAAAUUGAUGACCUAUGCAAAAAGCCCUAUUUCUACUGUCCUGACUGUGGCUGCUAUCAACGUGUUCCUGCGUGUAAGUGA